CAAAGCAUUUCAGACUGGGCACUUCCUUUUGCUGAUCUUGACUCAUAGAACUUGGAGUCUGUCCUUACACACAAGUUAAGUGCCAUAUUCCCCUGCUUACAAUGGAUAGACAAGUGGUAUAUGCUGACUUAAACUUAUCCAGGGGUUCUUGCUUUGCAAGUUCAUCACCCCCAUCAUUUCCUCAAGAUGUCUGUCAAGGUUCACCUUGGCAUCAAUUUGCUCUGAAACUUGGUUGUAUUGCGAUUAUUCUUCUUACUUUGACUGUGAUUGGAUUGAGUGUUUCAGUGACUUUCUUAAGACGAAACUCAUUAAUAGAAGAAAGCCGAGUGGAUGUUCAAGAGAACAGGAAUGAAACAACAGAGAAACUAGAUCUGUUAAAGUGCCCAGAAGAUUGGCAUAUACUCCCAGAAAAAUGCUUGUUUCUUUCUCGUGCUUCCAACACUUGGAAAGAUAGUCUGACUGACUGUUCCACAAAAGAAUCCAGUUUGCUGCUUAUUCGAGAUCAGGAAGAAUUGAAACUCAUACGAAUGCGGAUAAAUGAAAAGGGAAUGCUAUUUUGGAUUGGACUAAAUUUAACAUUAUCAGAGAAGAAAUGGAAAUGGAUAAAUGGUUCAUUUUUAAAUUCAAAUGUUUUCUUGUGUAAGGUGGUCAAGAUAACUAGCCGUGUAAUAGGAGGGUUGAUGCUGCACAGAUUACAAAUUACUGGUUAUACUCAAGAAAAGAGCUGUGUUUCCAUCUCACCAACAAGAAUUAUUUCUGAGGACUGUGACACAGAAAAUCGAUGGAUCUGCCAAAAAGAAUUAAAACCUGUCAGAAAUAAAGCUGGUUCCACCGCUUUCCUGGCUGACAUUGCACGAGUACCAAGACAGAACAAUGAAAGGAAGGAAAGGAAGUCCCUGACUCGUUUUAAAUCAGUAACCUGCCCUUGUACUUCCGUUUUUUUGCUGUGGACUCCGUUCUGCCACCUUGUGGACGUACUUGGUUUGGGUUGUGGUUUCCUGGCUAUGCUUGUUCUGUUCCAACCAAGCAAAAUAGAACAAAGGGAAAAACACCUGAAACUAAUGUUGUGUGUCAACUAUACUCAAAUUUAAAAAAUUUUUAAAAAGAGAAUUUUGUCAACGGAGAAAUGACACAAACAAUAAAUAUCAGAAGAGGUUUAUCCAUGUUGUCCCAUUGCAAAACCUUAUUUCUCUCAUAACAUAGGAAGUGGGGUAAUUAUUUUGUUUAUCUGUUUAUUGUUUUGUUAUUGUUCUUAUUUUGUUAGGCCAACUCUUGAUCUCGGCUCAGGUUAUAAUUCCCAGGGUUCUGGGAUCGAGCCCGGCAUGGGGUUCUGUGCUCAGCAGGGAGUCCACUUGAGGAUUCUCUCUCCCUCUCCCUCUGCCCCCACUCUUGCAUGCUCUAACUCUCGCUCUCAAAAUAAAUAACUCUCUCAAAAUCUUUAAAAAAAAAAAAUUAUGAGCUCCACGAGAGGAAGGAUCUAUGUAGUAUUAUUAACCAAUACGUCGUUCUGGCACAUAGUAGGUUCUCCAUAAGUAUUUCCUGCACAAAAAAUUAUUGUACAAUCAAAUGUGUUGAUUGAAUGGGCUUCCCGAGAUGAUUCUUGCUUGGGGUCUCUAAUGCAGUUGGAGUGAGAUGGUGCUUGGGACUGGUGUUAUCUCCAAGCAAAGUGCUCCUCACCAACAUUCAUAGCUAUUGAUUAUGACUGUUGCCUUGAACCUCAGCAGGGUGGCUGAGGUACAAGAAUAGCUUUUCUAAAAGACCAUUUUUCAAAUAAUAAUACAAGAAGCACAUGGGGCACCUGGGUGGCUCAGUUGGUUAAACAUCUGCCUUCAGCUCAGGUCAUGGUCCCAGGGUCCUGGGAUCGAGCCCCACAUGGGGCUCCCUACUCCACGGGAAGCCUGCUUCUCCCUCUCCCACUCCCCCUGCUUGUGUUCCCUCUCUUGCUGUGUCUCUCUCUGUCAAAUAAAUAAAAUCUUUUUUAAAAAAUACAAGCAGCAGAGAAUGACUUGUCAACAUUUAGGAAGUGACCCACUGAUAGAGCUAGAACCCAAAUCUGAUCUCCCAGGUAUAUGAAGUCAGUUGCAUACCUACCUCUCCAUCUAUCCCAACACAAUCUAAUGGGGCCCUUUCAAAACAAACAUUUGAACGCUGCAUACUUAGAGUGUGCUUUGGAUUUAUCAUUUGUGAUUCACGGGAAAUUUUCAAUAUUCAAUAACUUUAGGAAAUAGGUAAGCGCUACAUGGCUACAAAUUCCCAAGCAAAGACAUUCAGUAAGCAUACUCUCUAAAUGUAAUCCAAUUCUGACUUAAAUUGCUCUCCAGAGAGCUUGUGUUCUUCUCCAAGUUUUUAUUCAGAUAUUUUUAUUUAUUAGUAAUGAUUUUCAGGCUGAAAGCACGAAAGGCAGUAUUCAAUUAUUACUAUAUUAUUUCAACUUCCUGUCUGGUGCUAAUGCAAAUAUAGGAUGAUUUAAAUUAAUGAUUCAUUUGUACAUGAAGUGAUUUUGCCUAACCAGCAAUGGAGGGGUGGAUCCAGAAUGCAAGCUCCUCAAUCACAAUGAUCUCUGUUUCUUCACUGAUGUGUCCCAAGAACCUAGAAAGAUGUCAGGCACAUGGCAGGUACUCAGUGAAUACUGAAUGAACGAUGAUUUAAAAAGAAGAAUAAAUAUUCUCUGUCAGUGUUUAUUUUGUAGGAAAUUGUAAGUAGUUAAUAAAACGAUGUUUCGGGGGCACCUGGGUGGCUCAGUCAGUUAAACAUCUGCCUUCCGCUCAGGUCAUGAUCCCAGGGUCCUGGGAUGGAGUCCCACUUUGGGGGGGGGGGGUCCUUGCUCAUCGAGGAGCCUGCUUCUCCAUCUCCCUCUGCCCCUCCCCCCACUGUGUGUGUAUGCACGCGUGCAUUCUCUCUCUAAUAAAUAAAUAAAUAAAUAAAUAAAAUCUUUAAAAAAAAUGAUGUUUCAGGAGCUGAUAUAUGGGAUGAGAUGCCUUUGUUUGUGCUGUUUUUCUGAGUGAAUGCCCUUCUUUCCUCUGUACCUGUUGGGAACUUUGAAUAUUUUUAAGACUCAAAUUAAGACUACCUUCUAUAAAGUGAUUUGUGAUUGUUUCAGCUGCAGGAGAUGCUGUUUUCUGUGAAAUUUUAUU